AUGACGAAGCCCGUGGCCCCCAGCGUCCCGAUGGAUACCGCGACUUGUCGUGUCACUGCUCUGCGACUCCUAUCCCAGCCGACAAAUAAGGAUCUCGGUGAGUGUGGUUCAUCCGGGACAAAAGCCUGCAUGCGCCUGGUCAAAGGCCACCAGGUCCGAUACAAACGGGUGGUUUCAGGCAACCUGUGA